UGUAAACAAACGGCAGGGAUAAAGGGAUAGAGGGAUACAUGCGAAGAAACAGGCAACUACAUACAUAGUCUCCAGGCGUAACUUGAGGGCACACUUUUGAACAUUUCAGUUUCUUCUUUUUCUUCAUCCUUUCUCUGUCAUUUUUUCAUCCUUUUGCUUCUGUUGCUAGCUUCAAAUAUGGCAGAGAAUCAACCUGAUGAUGUAGAUGUGGGAGAAAAAUCAUUAGGUUCGGUACCUAAGGAUGAAAUGGCAUUGGUCCAUGAUCGUGAAUCCGAAGACCUAGUCGAAAAAAAUCAAGAGAAUGACAAUGCAAGCAAUUCAUCAACUACUACUAUGGAUGCACCUGGACAUAACCGAGAAGAAUCUGGAACAGGACACGAUCGUCAUGUCUCUUUCGACACGUCUGUCAGCCAUAGCCGUAGCCUGAAGAAGAAUCGCCUAUUUGGCCGUCAGAAGCCUGUUCACACUGUCCUCGGAGGUGGCAGAUCUGCUGAUGUUAUUCUGUGGAGAAACAAGCAACUCUCAGCAAGCAUGCUUGCGGCUUCAACUGUGAUAUGGCUUCUUUUCGAGCAUGUGGGCUAUCAUGUCCUCAGUUUUGUUUGUAACUCUCUGAUACUGACCUUGGCAGCUUUGUUCCUUUGGUCCAAUCUUUCCUCCUUUCUUAACAAGUCUCCUCCAGUCUUUCCUGAACUCUCAUUGCCCGAGGAUGUAACCAUGAGAGUAGCUCUCCGGCUGAGGUCCUAUAUAAACACAGUACUUCAGCUAUUCUGGGAUGUAGCUUCAAAAAGAGAUGUGAAGAAGUUCCUAUAUGCUAUUCUGGGUUUAUGGGUUGUCUCUGUCGUUGGUAGCUGGUUCCACUUUCUGACGCUUGUGUACAUAAUUUCUGUAGUGGUGCUCACAGUACCCUGGUUAUAUGAAAAGAAUGAAGAUACAGUGGAUGACUAUGCUAAGAAGGCAACAGGCAAACUCAAGAGGCAGUACGAUGCAUUGGAUGAUAAGGUUCUCCGGAAACUUCCAAAAAUUCCUUCUUUUAGGAAGGACAAGAAGCAGGACUGAUGUUCAUUAGUUCUUGAGUGCAGCAGAAGCUCCAUCUUUAUCAAUUUUCUUUCAGAGCAUUAUUUUUUAGGAUGACUACAAGGUAAUGCAGUUUUAAUGGUAGGGAGUUUGUAUUAGAUAUUGCAGUUUAUAGGCAAG